CGACGAAAGAGAGAAACUUUUCAUGUACGCACAAGCCCAAUCCGCUUCUUCUUCCCUGCUCCUUGUUGCUCUUCUCUUCUCUGCUAAUUUGAGGUUUGUUUGCUACUUUUCACUCUAAUAGAUUGGGCUUGAGGAUCUGUUUCCCGUGAUUAGGAAAUGCUUUAGUUGCGAGUUCUAAGGUUUCUUUUACCAAUGGUUGGACAUGUUGUUGUGUCUCCAUCAUUGUGCGUUCAGCUACGGAUGCACAAUGUUCACUUCUCCACGAAUCCUCGUGUGAAAAUUUCCCAAAGGAAGACUUUUGGGAGUUGCAAGAUCAUAUCGAGGGAUACUUCCUUGAAUCUUGGAUCGUCUAUUUCUCGGGGAGAGUCUACUUGUAAGUGUACUUGUUUGGCAUCUCUGGCGGAUUUUGAUGGUGUUGCUGGUUCUGGUUGGGUUCCUAUUGGUGACCAAGUUCUUCUGACGGCUAGUAUCUUUCUUACGUAUAUGGCUGGAGUGAUUCCUGUUCAAAAGAACUCUAGUUACUCUUCUAGAAAGAAUACUACUGUGGAGGAGGAUCCAGAAGUUGGAACUUCAGAAUCUUCUGGUAGGGAGACAGAUUUUGAGGGUGAUUUGAAGUCUGUAUGGGAUGUGGUGAAAGUAAAACUUUUAGAUUCUUUAGACGCCAUCAAGCGUGAGAGUACACUUGGAAGCAAAGUUCUCAAACCCAAACCUCCCCAAGGGAAGCCCCCAUUGAGUUUGUAUGCGAUUUCUGAGGGGCCUCAGUUGUACUUGCUCUGGUCAUGUUUUCAGAAACUUGAAGAAGAGACAAAUAACAUAUCUGACACAAUCAAUUCAGAUGAGUGGAUGAUUGGUUUUACUCAAAUUGUUCGGAAAGCUUAUCAAGCAGCAUGCACGGCUUGGCUUAAAAGGGAACUAUCUGUGGGAAACACUGAUUCUGAGGCGAUUACUCCUUUGCUGAUCAGAAUGCUAAAUGAAAAGGACGCUAUUUUUGGCAAAAUAAGAAAAUCAGGCAAGGAGGAUCUGUUUGCAGAAUUUUUAUAUUUCCACAGAUUUGGAUCUCCUGCAAAAGCUUUCUGCUACGACGUUAGCUUCUUUCGCACUCACGGAGUUGCCAUUUUGGAAGAUUUCAUGAUAACAUUGGCGGAUGGGGUCGCUAGCAUCUAUCUAGAGCUCAUUUCUGUAGACAGCAAAUUUUCAAAUGAAAUGAAUAGUGGAGGAUUAGGUAUCUGUAGCCUUUCUAGUCGAGCACUCCAAAAACUACGUAACGAGGUAGCUCUAUACCAGUGGUUGCAUCAGAAUAUGGAAGCAGUUGUAUCGAUGUAUGAGGAUCGCUUUGACCUCUACAUUCUUAAAACUCAGGUUAUCAACAACCUUGAUGGUAGUGACGAUACAGAAAGCCUUAGUUGGUGGAGAAAGUUCAAACUGGGAAAAACUAAAGCUGCCUCAUCAUCACCCAUGCGAUACUCCAUAAUCAGCGAUUUUUCAUUGCCCGUUAAACGAACCAAGGAGCUUAAAGCUCUAUCGGGAUGGAGGUACUACUUCAGUCUGUUUCUGGAGUUGUCAGACAUCGGAAUGCCAAUUAUCAGAGUGGUGUUGGAUAAAGUGAGUAGCGUCAUAUCCUUCUUUCUCGUCACCUUGAUAGGUAGAUCAGUCGGACUCAUCUUCACCGGCAUUAGACAGUCUCUCCGUUGGAAGUGAAAUCUCAUAUAACCUUGAUGGUAAAUUUUUGCGUCGACCUCAUUUUUUGGUGUUCUUUUGAUUAUUCUUGUAUGGUAAGUGAUAAAUUGAUGAAAUAUGAUUUUUAACUGUUGAGUGUUGGCAUUGAUUCCAUUGCUUCAACAACAUUACCAAUGUUCUUGUGCU